AUGCAGCUCGGCAUCUACACUCUUCUUGGUCUACUUCUCCCUCUGGCCACUACUGCCAACCCCCUUGUUAAGCGCAAAGAACAAGUGUGUACUGUCGUCAGCCAUGGUGACAAUGGUGGCUGGGUAAACUGCCGCCGACAACCCCGGCUCGAUGGAGAGUAUUGGGGCAAACUACAGAAUGGCUUCAAGUCGGAUUACACGUGCUACGCGGUUGGAGACUGUUAUAAAGGAAAUUGGUGA